CGGCGCGGGCCAGGCGGCGUCAGGGCGGUGACUCCGCGGCUCGGGCAGGGGGCGUCCGCGUGUCCGCGCCCUCGAGCUUAGGCGUCGCCCGGGUCCCCGCACCGCCUGCGCGCCCGGGCGCAGCACAGCAAGAUGCCCCCAUCCCUGUUGGGGAUAGAAUUGAAACAUGGAAAUGAGCAGAUGUGUGAAGAAGGCUGGAAGUUAUUGUGGUCCCUGAGAUAAGGAACUUGGUUUGGACUUCCUAAAACAUCCUUUCACAGUGGCCAAGACCACUUGCUAAUGGGACAUCAGCCAGCUCCUUCCCCCCCACCACAGUGACUUUUGCAGCGUGGAGUGGUGGCCUGGCCAGCAGGCCUCAUCGUCCAUCCAUGCCACCUGUGGUGGGACACGAGGAACAGCGGCUGCCAUGCCUCCCCCUUCCCUGGCCACCCCUUGCCCCCCGUGCUAACCUGCAUGGUGUGGAUGCCUGUGGGACCCCAGAGGACUGACUGUCAGACCUGGCUUCCUACCCCGAGUAACAAGACCCCCAAGAUGUCGCUCGAGUGGCUAGUGGCCUGGCGCUGGUCCCUGGAUGGCUUGAGGGACUGCAUCGCCAGCGGCAUCCAGUCUGUGCGGGAUUGUGACACCAGUGCUGUGGUCACCGUGGCAUGCCUGCUGGUCCUGUUUGUGUGGUACUGCUACCAUGUGGGCAGGGAGCAGCCUCGGCCCUAUGUCUCUGUGAACUCACUCAUGCAGGGUGCAGACGCCAAUGGGGUGCAGAAUGGGUACGUGUACUGCCAGUCACCCGAGUGCAUGCGCUGCACCCACAGCGAGGGCCUCAACCAGAAACUCUACCACAACCUGCAGGAGUAUGCCAAGCGCUACUCGUGGUCUGGCAUGGGCCGCAUCCACAAGGGCAUCCGGGAGCAGGGCCGCUACCUCAACAGCCGGCCUUCCAUCCAGAAGCCUGAGGUCUUUUUCCUGCCCGACCUUCCCACCACGCCAUACUUCCCGAAGGAUGCACAGAAACAUGAUGUCGAGGUGCUGGAGCGGAACUUCCAGACCAUCCUGUGUGAAUUUGAGACCCUCUACAAAGCUUUCUCAAACUGCAGCCUCCCACAGGGAUGGAAAAUGAACAGCACCCCCAGCGGGGAGUGGUUCACCUUUUACUUGGUCAAUCAGGGCGUUUGUGUCCCCAGGAACUGCAGGAAGUGCCCACGGACGUACCGCUUGCUGGGAAGCCUUCGGACCUGUAUUGGGAACAAUGUUUUUGGGAAUGCAUGCAUCUCCGUGCUGAGCCCCGGGACUGUGAUAAAUGAGCACUAUGGGCCCACAAAUAUCCGAAUCCGGUGCCACUUAGGUCUGAAAACUCCGAGUGGCUGCGAGCUGGUGGUGGGGGGCGAGCCUCAGUGCUGGGCAGAAGGCCGCUGCCUCCUCUUUGAUGACUCUUUCCUGCAUACUGCAUCCCACGGAGGUUUGGCCGAGGAUGGCCCACGGGUGGUCUUCAUGGUGGAUCUGUGGCAUCCCAACGUUGCAGCCGCCGAGCGGCAGGCCCUGGAUUUCAUCUUUGCUCCAGGACGAUGAGAAAACUGCCUGUGCAGGAGCUGGUAUGGGGCAGGGAGCCAAGGUGGCCACAGGAUGGUCCAGCCACACCUGAGCCUGGAUUCCAUGCUCAGAACCUAUCUCAUUGGGACCCUCUCCUGGGGAUUUCCUGUCACACGGGAUCCCUCUUUUCUUUGGUUACUGUAAAUGGAAAAUUUUCAGCUUAUAUUUCCUUUGAUUUCUUUUUUUCCUUCCUAUCAUUUGCUCUGGAGAUUCCUUUCUGGCCUACCAGUGCGUCCCUUUGACUCUGUGACCAGAGACUUGGUACCCUUUCCGGUCUUGUUCCAUUGCUACGUGGGUUUUUUCAGUGUUCUGAAAUAGAGUAACCAAACAGUU